ACACAUUCUGAUCUGAUCUGAUCUACAGCUCUGGAAGGACUGAGGGUCUUGAUAACCCUACACACUCCCCCGCUUUUACAAUACCGACCGCUAGAACAGCCAAACCAGUCACUCUCCCUAUUUUUCGAUACAAAAUUCGCCGAAAAUGCACCCCUCCGUCUCGCCUUAGCUGCUCAUGGGAUGCAAUCUAAAAUUUUUGACUCCAGUGCUCCUGUGUCUGCCGGGAAACAUCCACGCGCAUCCCAAACUGCAGCACCCAUUGACCUAAUUGGCCCGAAAACCCAAGCCUCCGGCCAUGCAAGCUCAAAGGUUAAAGAGAGCGAGAUGGCUAAAAACGACAAAUCUUUUCAGGGUAUCACUAAAUUUGAUCCUUUCCCAUCAGCUGUGGAAUCCACUUUUGCUGAGGGCAAAAAGUCGUCUAAGCCUCUCAGAUCACUUUCGCACGAUGGAGCUGAUCUUGUGCCCCAAAACGAGGGGAUCCUACCGCCUUUCUCACCUUCUCCGGCAUCACGAUCCCGAACAACAGCUACCAGGUCAAGUAAUGGUUCGAGGGUGUCUCAAAACUCUCGGCACGCUAAUUCUACUCUGGAAGUGACCCGCAAACGUCCCACUGGCGUGGGGGAUGAGAAAACGUCUGCUAAAAGACGACGACUUGAGUCCCCGAAGAGGCCUUCUGGCACUUCCCCGAAGUCCAAGCCUGUUACCUUUUCUCCAUCUACUUCACGCUCGGGCCAGAAGAUUCACAAGAGCUCAAACAAAAAGCGAGGUCGUCUCCCAACCCCUCCCGCACUCUCUGACCAGCUAUCUACUGACUUCGGCAUUGUCUUGGCUUCCCAACCGGAGCUAAAUCGGCGACCUAGGCCCACUCCACUUGCAAAGCACCCUCGCAGUUCGCCUCAUACAUCGCCCAUUAUCCCGGAAACAGACGACAUUCUCAGGGAAGCCGAAGGCGUUACAAUCCCUCCCACGAGAAGGGGUCGCGUAUCAAACAUGAUCAACGAAGAUGGCAGCGAAGAUACUCCAGGAACCAAUGAUCCGAAGGUCAUAACACCGAGAGCUGACUCCCCUCCAAAGUCGGCGAGCUUCGCCAUGACUGAGAGCGCAUUGGAGCAUAGCGAGCCGCAAACCGGUAUCUCAGAAGGUCCAAGCGGGAAAACUCACACAAUUCAUGUGAAGGUCGAGGACAGUCUUAUCGACGGCAACGACGGCACUCCUGAGGUUUCUAAGAAGAGGAAAAAUAAAAAGGCCCCUUGGGAGCAGCCAAACUUCCCUUCAUCUGACCCACCCAAUAAGUUUGAUAUCCGACUCCCUCCCGAGCCACGCUAUGCAGCGCCGCAGGUUAGUUUGAUGGACGAGGCAAUCAAGGAUAGCAAAGCUGGCCCUGCAAGAAUUGAGCCAAUUUCAGGUUCAGUGGACUUGAACGAAGCUCUCGAAACUAGUGCUCCGCUAAGCCAUCGGAAACCUACUAUGCCACGAUCCCCAGCUCCAGCGAAGACUGUCUCGGAACGAGAUCGAUCCGAGUUGCACGUUUCCCGCUCGACUAAACGUGGCACCAGUUUCGAUAUUGGCAAAGAAACCCCUGGAGAACCUACGCGAUCUUUAUCUGCCGCGAUGGCCGUCUGGGAUCCCACUCACAAUACAUCGUCGAAUAAGGGGGGACUUUGGGUAAGUUGACUCACCCGCUACAGCGCUUCUUAUCGUCGUGACUACCUUGGCACCAAUCACAAGAACAAAAACCCUCCCGCUGAUGAACUCCUAAACUCCUCGCUGUUUCUUCCAGUUUGCACAUCUCCAAAACGGAUGUCGUCGAGUGAGCGCUGUCCAAGGGAUCACAAGGGAAACUGCAGUUCGUGCGGUUGACUGGUCGUAUGAAGUUGGGCCACCUG